AUGGAUAUCUUCAGGGCUCUGUCGCUUGGCACGACUGUGAGGAAGGGAGGCAAGUCGGCACCUGGCGGCACACUCCCCUCAGCCGGGAGCAGAGCGAACGCGCAACUUUACCAUGACGACGUCGGGACAACGAGGGGCACCAAGAGAAAGAGGGCAGAUCAAGGUGGAGAUGAUGAAAGCGACGAGGAUGACGCAAGCAGUCUGGACUUCUUCGCCCCAAAGGAACACACGAAAGGCGCCAAGAAAGUCUCUGCGCAGCCCAAACCAGCGCAGAAGCCCGAGCCGUUACGGAAAGCGAAACUCUUGGACGAGGACGAAUGCAAGCAGAUCUUGCGAUCGCACCGCUUGAAGUUUACACUCCUAUCAGCAGGAGCUGACAAGAAAUCGAAGGUCAAAAAAAGCAAGAAGAAGGCAAAAGCAUCAGCCAAGGAGACAAAAUCAGAAAAGAAACAGCUGUUCCCGCAGCCUCUGCAGACUUUUGGCGAGCUGAGGUCUACCUACAACAUUUCACCCCGGCUGGCGGACAACAUAGAUGCUCAAGGAUAUCGAGAACCGACGGAAGUGCAGAUGGCUGGCCUGCCUCUGCUGCUUGACCCUGCGCGAGCUCUUGGGACGGCCUUGGGCGAGGAUGUACCAGUCGAGUCGGUCGACUUCAUGGGGGUGGCUCCCACCGGCAGCGGAAAGACUGUCAGCUUCUUGAUUCCUGCCAUAAACAGCAUAAUGAAGAGGCGGGCCGGAUCCGAGGAGCGCAAGGCACACGACCUGGAAGCGAUCAUAGUUGCGCCAACAAGGGAGCUGGCGAAUCAAAUACACAACGAGGGCCUCAAGCUGACUGCGGGCACGGGUGUCAAGAUGGCGAUUAUGAGAAAGGGCAUGCGAAUAGUCACGGAGGAUGGGAUUGCCGAGAUCGAGGAGAAGGGAAGUGAGAACGAGUCUUCCGAGGACAGCGAAGAGGAAGACUCAGACUCGGGGAGCGACGAAGACGACUCGACUAAGCCGGUUACGAAAGCCGACAUACUCGUGACGACGCCAAUGCUGCUGCUCAACUUCCUCAACAGAGGAAAGUGGAAACGGGCAAUCCCAUCUGUCAAGUCCCUCAUUCUUGACGAGGCCGACGUGCUCCUGGACGAGCUCUUUCGGGACCAGACCAUCGGUAUCUGGCAGGCUUGUACAAACCCAGAGCUACACCUCACUUUCUGGUCUGCGACGAUGGGGUCCAACAUCGAAACUCUCGCCACAGACCAGCUGAAAUCUCACUACAAACAACGAGGCACCGCACCCAAGCCUCUCAUCCGCUUAGUUGUUGGACUGAAGGACACAGCGGUGCCGAAUGUGACGCACAAACUCACGUACACUGCCACAGAACCCGGGAAACUAUAUGCCUUGCGCCAACUUCUUCAUCCUGUCUCGGGGUCUGAGGAGGGCCCGUCUCUCCGGCCACCGUUCAUUGUUUUUACCCAGACAAUCGAGCGUGCCACUGCUCUACACGAUGAGUUGAAGUAUGACAUCCCAAUCGAGGCGGGCGGCUCAGCCCGCAUCGCCGUGCUCCACUCGUCGCUGUCAGACUCUGUCCGCUCCAACAUCAUGCGCCGUUUCCGCCUCGGCGAGAUCUGGGUGCUUAUCACGACGGACGUGCUGGCGCGAGGAGUCGACUUCGCAGGCGUCAACGGCGUGGUCAACUAUGAUGUGCCCACGAGUGCUGCAGCAUACGUGCACCGGGCCGGACGAACUGGACGGGCUGGGCGCGAGGGCGGUGUGGCAGUGACGCUGUACACAAAGGACGACAUGCCGUAUAUCAAGACCUUUGCAAAUGUUAUUGCGAUGAGCGAGAAGCAGGCGGGCAAGGAAGAAUCAAGGGUUCUGAGGGCACUGCUGGAUGCGCUGCCGGACGUGAAGAAAGAGGACAAGAAGAAGCUCAAGACCAGGGGUGUGGAGACCCGAAGAACAGGGACCGCGAUGAUCACUUCGAAGAGUGCUUGGGAGAGGAAGAAGGAGCAUAACCGGAAAGAGGCCAUCAAGGAGAGCCGAAAGAGGAAGACUGGUUAA